GAUAUAUCCGCUGGCCGCCGCCCGUACGAACCCUUGUCACGGGUCACAAACCACACAGGUCACAUCACGUGCCAAAAAUGGCCGAGGUGAGCUCCUCGGACCCAUCAUGUGCUGGCACUACAGUGGAGAGGCUGGCGAGGGGGUUACAGAAGUAGCAUUCGGAUCAUACGGAGAGCAGAAGAGCAUACGGAGAGCAGAAGAGCACAAGAAUGGAAAAGCAGAAAAGCAGAGGAAGAAACAGAUGUUACUCGUUUCAACACACAGAGCGACCGCUGUGUGUACUUGUGCAGAACCGCAAAGAAGAGGAGGCACAGAUUCAUGUUGCCCUUUUUGAAACAGGUACCCUCUCUCAGUUCUGGCUUGAAACAGUCUCAUCAUUGGUUUCGCUCUCUCCCGCCGGCAAUACCUGAAACAGCGUCUCGUCCCGUGUCGCCCCGCAGGCUUCGUUUUGCUCUCGGUCUGGAUCGGGCAAAAAGAGUCCACGCUCCCACGCGCGACACGCCAUCUGCUCUGUCAGUGUCUCCCGAAACGGGCAGAUCGCCUGGACGCGCGUGCCGCAGCCUCGCGUGCCGCCGGUGUUGACGUUGCCGUUACCGGUUGACGUGUCUCGUGGCCCCGAGGCCCCGAGGUUUGGAGACACACAGACGCAAACGGGACGACCAUGCCAAACAGGCUACUCUCUGAACGGCAGUGGUGGACGUGUGACAGCGUGCGUGGACGUCACAGCUGUGUUUGGGGUCCGCGGACGGGGGUGUAUACAUGGCGGCAGAGACCUGGCGUGUCGGCCGUCGGCCGUCUGCAGAAGCCGAUAUUUUGCUUCGGAUCUUGGGGUGUUUAUCCCCUUUUUUUCCGGCCUUUGUCCCUCGUCGUACACCUCCUGGCAAGUUC